AAAAUCAUAAUGUUAAGUUGGGCUUUUAUAUCUGGAGAAUUGGUACAUAAUGCAAAAACAAGUAAUUUUUAUGGUUUUCUUGAAGAUGCAGAAGUGGAACCCACAGCUUUACAGGGUGGAGUUCUUCAUUUUAAAUCUCACCUACAUCGCAUAAUACGAACAUUGUUUUUUGCUCCAUUACUGCUUUCUGGUACGGUCGAAGAAAAACAGUUGGUAUCGGUUUCGUUAUUUGAACAUUAUGAGGAAGAUCCAACCCGACCGGCUUUUACAUCUCGUAUCGAAAUUCAAAGCCAUGCCAUUGAGAUUUAUGCAGCAACUCUUAGAAUUCAUGCUGAAUUCACUGGUUUAAGAUAUUUUAUGUAUUAUUGGCCCAUAUUCUCUGCAGUUUUAGGUAUUGGAACAAAUUUUUUCUUUUUGGCAAUGAUAUCUUUAUUUUCUUGGUUCCGUUUCUUACUUUCAAAAGGAAACGAUACCAUGUUGAUGCUCGACGUCACAGAAACACCUACUAUACUAGAGAUAAGAAGAAUUCAGGCAAUGGAAAGAUUGCAAAAGGAGCGCAAACUAUCUGAAACAUCAGAAUUAGGAAAUAUAAAUACCUCAGAUAUGGCUUCUGAAAUUGAAACCAUUGGUGCACAUGAUAUUACUGAGACAAUUUUAGGGGAGCAAAUCAAAUGUGAGAUUGAAAGUGGGAAAACCGAAAAAGAUUUAAUUGGCGUUAGAAAAAGAAAACCGUGAAUUUUGGUAGUAAGUGUGUGAUAUAUUCUUAACUUUGGUUUUGUAAAAUUUUAAAACUAUAUUCUUUUUUUGAGAAGAAAACAUUCAAUUUUAUUAAAAUCUAAGAUUUAUUAAAGCUACAUAUCGGCAAAUGACACUCCGUGAUCGGGACCAAAGCAAGAAAUUUCUAUACAAUUUGAUAACUGGUAAUAGUAUUAAAGGUCAUAAUCUUCAUUAUCAGAUGCACGAAACUAGUCAUAGAUUGUAAGAAAU